CAAGUCUGGGUCGCGACGUGCUCGCCCCCGCAGACGCCCGGGAACUGGGGUCGCGCGCUCGCGCUCCUUUGCGGCCCAGUCCCCGGGCUGUCACUCCCUGCCCCGUGAUGUCGCGCCGAAAGCCAGUCUCUGGCGGCGCGGCUGCCGCUGGGCCAUCCCCAGGAAGCCAAGCGGUUUUGAGCAGAUUCUUCCAGUCUACGGGGAGCCUGAAAUCCACCUUCUCCCCCAGGGGUGCCGCGGAGAACGCUGAACCUGACUCUGACCCCGCAGCGCCUCCAGCGUCCCCUCUCCAGCCUCUGUUGCCGUCACACGCUGCAGAAAUUGACAUAAGUAAAAAGAGACCACUACAGAAUGAUGGGCCUGUUAAGAAGAAAGCAAAGAGAGUCAAAGAAAAGGAAGGACAGAGUGAUCCAGUGAUGUCUGGGAACCCUGAGCCGAAGAAAUGUCCGAAGACCAAGAUUGUUUUAAAGUCUUUGGAAAAAUUGAGAGAAUUCUGCUGCGAUUCCGCCCUUCCUCAAAAUAGAGUCCAGAGGGAACCUCUUCAGGAGAGAUUUGCAGUUCUGCCAAAAUGUACUGACUUUGAUGACAUCAAUCUUCUGCGUGCAAAGAAUGCAGUUUCUUCUGAAGAUUCCAAAUCUCCAGGUAGUCAGAAGGACAAGACACUUUCUGAUCUCCGUCCUUUUGGAUCAUCACAUGGGAGUUACGAAAACUUGCAGAAAAUUCCUGAUUCUAAACCGUCUAACAAAAGGACCAAGAGCAUCUACACGCCGUUAGAAUUGCAGUACAUAGAACUGAAGGAGCAGCAGAAAGAUGCAGUUCUGUGUGUGGAGUGUGGGUACAAGUAUAGAUUCUUUGGGGAAGAUGCAGAGAUUGCAGCCCGGGAGCUCAAUAUUUAUUGCCAUUUAGAUCACAACUUUAUGACCGCGAGCAUACCUACGCACAGACUGUUUGUUCACGUGCGCCGCCUUGUGGCAAAGGGGUAUAAGGUGGGAGUUGUGAAGCAAACUGAAACAGCAGCAUUAAAGGCCAUUGGGGACAACAAAAGUUCACUCUUUUCCCGGAAAUUGACUGCUCUGUAUACAAAAUCUACACUUAUUGGAGAAGAUGUGAAUCCUUUAGUCCAGCUGGAUGAUGCUAUAAAUAUUGAUGAGAUAAUGACGGAUACUUCUACCAGCUAUCUUCUGUGCCUCUGUGAAAAUAAGGAAAACGCUAAGGACAAAAAGAAGGGGGAUGUUUUCAUUGGAAUCGUGGGAGUGCAGCCUGCCACAGGCGAGGUCGUGUUUGAUAGUUUCCAGGACUCUGCUUCCCGCUCGGAGCUGGAAACUCGGAUCCUGGGCCUGCAGCCGGCCGAGCUACUGCUCCCCACCCGCCUGUCAGAGCGCACGGAGGCGCUCAUCCACCGCGCCACAGCUGUCAGUGUGCGAGACGACAGAAUUCGAGUAGAAAGGAUGGAUAACAUGUAUUUUGAAUACAGCCAUGCGUUCCAGGUGGUCACAGAGUUUUAUGCAAAAGAUGUUGACGUCAAAGGUUCUCAAAGUUUUUCUGGCAUCAUUAGCUUGGCAAUGCCUGUGAUUUGCUCUUUGGCUGCCGUAAUAAAAUACCUCAAAGAAUUUAACUUGGAAAAGGUGCUUUCCAAACCCAAGAAUUUUAAACCAUUGUCAGGUGAAAUGGAGUUUAUGACAAUUAAUGGAACAACAUUAAGGAAUCUUGAAAUCCUACAGAAUCAGACUGAUAUGAAAACCAAAGGAAGUUUAUUUUGGGUGUUAGACCAUACUAAAACUUCAUUUGGGAGACGGAAGUUAAAGAAAUGGGUGACUCAGCCACUCCUUAAAUUAAGGGAAAUAAAUGCUCGGCUAGAUGCUGUAUCUGAAGUUCUGCAUUCAGAAUUCAGUGUCUUUGGUCAGAUAGAAAAUCAUCUGCAUAAAUUGCCUGACGUAGAGAGAGGACUCUGCAGCAUUUAUCACAAAAAGUGUUCCACCAAAGAAUUUUUCUUGAUCGUCAAAACCCUUUGUCACCUGAAGUCAGAAUUUCAAGCAUUAAUACCCGCUGUUAAUUCCCACGUGCAGUCAGCCUUGCUCCAGACAGUCCUUUUAGAAGUCCCUGAGCUCCUCAGUCCAGUGGAGCAUUACUUUAAGAUACUUAAUGAACAAGCUGCCAAAAUUGGGGAUAAAACUGAGUUAUUCAAAGACCUUUCUGACUUCCCUUUAAUAAAAAAGAGGAAGGAUGAAAUUCAAGGAGUAACUGACAAGAUCCAAAUACAUUUGCAAGAAAUAAGAAAAAUACUGAAAAAUCCUUCUGCACAAUAUGUGACUGUAUCAGGCCAGGAGUUUAUGAUUGAAAUAAAGAAUUCUGCCGUGUCUUGUAUACCGACUGAUUGGAUUAAGGUUGGAAGCACAAAAGCUGUGAGCCGCUUUCACUCUCCUUUUAUUGUAGAAAAUUACAGACGUCUGAAUCAGCUCCGGGAGCAACUAGUCCUUGACUGCAAUGCUGAAUGGCUUGAUUUUCUAGAGCACUUCAGUGAACAUUAUCACUCCUUGCAUAAAGCAGUGCAUCACCUAGCAACUGUGGACUGCAUUUUCUCCUUGGCCAAGGUCGCUAAGCAAGGAGAUUACUGCAGACCAACUUUACAGGAAGAAAGAAAAAUCAUAAUAAAAAAUGGCCGACACCCUGUGAUAGAUGUGUUGCUGGGAGAACAAGAUCAGUAUGUUCCCAAUAGUACAAAUUUAUCAGGGGACUCGGAGAGAGCGAUGAUAAUCACUGGACCGAACAUGGGUGGGAAGAGCUCCUACAUAAAGCAGGUCGCACUGAUCACCAUCAUGGCUCAGACCGGCUCCUACGUUCCUGCAGAGGAGGCGACGAUUGGAGUCGUGGAUGGCAUUUUCACGAGGAUGGGUGCUGCAGAUAAUAUAUAUAAAGGACAGAGUACAUUUAUGGAGGAACUGACCGACACAGCAGAAAUAAUAAGAAAAGCAACACCACAGUCCUUGGUUAUCAUGGAUGAGUUGGGAAGAGGGACGAGCACCCACGAUGGAAUUGCCAUUGCUUAUGCUACCCUUGAACAUUUUAUUAGAGAUGUGAAAUCGUUAACCCUCUUUGUCACCCAUUACCCGCCAGUGUGUGAAUUAGAGAAAAAUUACCCCCAGCAGGUGGGGAAUUACCACAUGGGAUUCUUGGUCAGUGAGGACGAAAGCAGACAAGACCCAGGCGAAGAAGCCCCUGAGUUUGUCACUUUUCUUUAUCAAAUAACCAGAGGAAUUGCAGCAAGGAGUUACGGACUAAAUGUGGCUAAACUAGCAGAUAUUCCUGGAGAAAUUCUAAAGAAAGCAGCUAGCAAGUCAAAAGAGCUGGAAGGAUUAGUAAAUACGAAAAGGAAAAGGCUAAAGUGUUUUACAAAAUUAUGGACGAUAAAUGAUGCAAAAGACCUGCAGAAAGGGACAGGUGAGUUUGAAAUGGAAGAAAUGACAGACUUCUCUUCCUGAUGAAAAUGAAGAAUACAUUUUGAACAAAAACGAGAGAACGAAAAACACCAACUGUACAAAGCAGUUUUCUAGUAACAGCCAUCUUUGUGUGAGCAUAAAACAUGGCCCCGGUUUUCCUGUUAGAAACUGGGCUUCUGUGUGGAGGGUCUGUUUCAUCCUGACUUAAACUAUGAACGCUUGGGACUCUGAAGACUUGUGCUGUGUAAUUAGAAAACUUCAGGGAUGGUAAGCUCCACAUGAAACCAAAACCUGAAGAAAGCCUAAAGUGGGAGAAACAGUUUUUGAGUUUUUAGAGAGUGAUAUAAAAUCCUAAUUUAUAUUUGUUUCAGUUUAGAUAAUUUGCCACUGGGUGGAAUGUCUGACGAGAAUUUCCCUUUUCACUUGAACUAAAAUAAUUUUAUAAUGCCACCACUCUCUUCACUCUGAGCAUAAGAAUUUUUUAUAAGGACUAGAGUUAUCAAGCUUUUAGAAACUAGAACACAGAAGGAAUAAGAUCAAAUGAAAUUUGAAAAGUUGAGUAUGGUUAGUUUUAAGCAAUUUAAAGAUUAUUGGAUGAAAUUAUUUGUCAUUCAAGUAAUAAACAUUUAAUGAAUACUUGUUAGAGAUUGUAUAUUUUUUGUUGUUGUUGAUUUUUGGGGUUUCCAGCAUUCUGGCAGUUGUUACUUUUAAGGUUUAAUUAUGGAACCAAGAUUUCUGCUCAUUCAAAAUAUGCGGCCCAUCCUACCAACCAGUGUGUAAAUGUGUGGUCUCUGGUAUUGAACUUGCUGCUUUGUAGAUUGAUGACAGCACUCCCACCCUGCGUGGUUAGCGUGGUGCCUGCUCAGCCAUGUCCCUGAGAUUUUUACAGCAUUUACCAGUCUGGCUUCUCCUCUCCAUGUACUUUUUGUUUCCAAGUAUAUGAUCUGGCACGACAGUUCUCUAUCCUGUUUCCCAGUUUUUCCCAGUAGAUUUAUUAUCACUGCUCAGUUAAAUGUCUCCUACAUGUUUGGUGGGUAUAUCUCCCAUUUCUUCUUUAGAUUAUUUCCUGUAGCGGCUCUAACAGUGACCCCUCAACAUGGGAGUCACUACAUGUUCCCCGAGUGGAUGGAGAGUAGUUGGUUGUUACACUUUCAAGUCACUCACGGUUGAGCCUCUGAUUCUCUCUCUUUUUGGAGUUCAAGUGUGAUGUAGUUAGUGAUUCUCCCAUCCCUCCAGCAAUAGGAACUUACAGUGAAAUUCUCAAAGAUGUUUGAGAAUA